GAACACGGCACCGCAUAAUUCUGUUUGCCGCUGACCGAAGCGCGUCGAAAACUAUUUCUUGCUUGCUUGGCAGAACUUUCUUCUCUCUUCUUCUCCUUCUUCCUCUCCUUCUUACCUUUUGUGCUUCCUCUUCACACUCUUCCAAAGACAUCUCCUCAGUGCAUUCACGCCUUACAUUCAAUUCUUCAACAAUACCCUCUCAACUACUAAAAUGAUUUCCAAAAUUGCCCUUCUUGCCCUCUUCGGCUCUUCUCUUGCCUCUACUCUCUCCGACCACACCACCACUGAAACCAUUGGCCCUCAGGAACUCGGCACCACCGCUUCUGCAGGAUCCAUUGUGUACUCCAUGAACUUCUGCACCGUCGUCCAAACCACCACCUGCAGCGUGUCCUUCUCCACGGGCGGCCCGGUGCCAACCUACUCGGCCAUCCAGACAUCCGAGUACGGCCACCCGCCUCCCGUGUCCGCCGAAUCUCACUACUCUGUCAGCGUACAGACCAGCGGCAUCAUCACGGCCUCGUCUGUGCCCACCAGCACCGCUGCCACGCAGACCUCUGCGCACGAGACUGGCCCCGAGACUGCAGUACCCACAACCGGCGGUGCCGCUUCCAUCAUGGCUGAGGCCGGCAAGGUCUUUGGUGUGGCUGUCGCAAUGGCCUACCUCAUGUAAAGGACCACAGCCCCUUUCGUUAACCAGAGUUUGAAAGAUGAGACACGACGAGAUAUACAGUCGAGAAGAACGAUACGAGUAAUGGAAUACGAAUAGCUGGAUGAAAGACGAUUGGAACAGACAAGUUGGAACAAACAAGAAUAACAAAAGUAAUAAGCUAGCUACAGAGACACAGUCAGGAUCACAAGAACAAAUGAAUACUCUU